AUGAUCCCCCCAGCGGAUUCCCUGCUGAAGUAUGACACCCCAGUGUUGGUGAGCCGGAAUACGGAAAAACGGAGCCCCAAGGCUCGGCCACUGAAAGUCAGCCCUCAGCAGCCUGGACCCUCAGGCCCGGUCCCACAACCACCCAAGGCCAAGCUUGGAGCAACCUCCUGUGUCCCAGAUCCUACCAAACAGGCAGAAGAAAUCUUGAAUGCCAUCCUUCCACCAAGGGAGUGGGUGGAAGACACGCAGCUAUGGAUCCAGCAGGUGUCCAGCACCCCCAGCACCAGGAUGGACGUGGUACACCUUCAGGAACAACUGGACCUGAAGCUGCAGCAGCGACAGGCCAGGGAGACGGGCAUCUGCCCUGUCCGCAGAGAGCUCUACUCACAGUGUUUUGAUGAGCUGAUCCGGGAGGUCACCAUCAACUGUGCGGAGAGGGGGCUGCUGCUGCUUCGAGUCCGGGAUGAGAUCCGCAUGACCAUUGCUGCCUACCAGACCUUGUAUGAGAGCAGCGUGGCAUUUGGCAUGAGGAAGGCCCUGCAGGCUGAACAGGGGAAAUCAGACAUGGAGAGGAAAAUUGCAGAUUUAGAGACUGAGAAGAGAGAUCUGGAAAGGCAAGUGAAUGAGCAGAAAGCUAAAUGCGAGGCCACUGAGAAACGGGAGAGUGAGAGAAGACAGGUGGAGGAGAAGAAACACAAUGAGGAGAUUCAGUUCCUAAAGCGGACAAAUCAGCAGCUGAAGGCCCAACUGGAAGGCAUUAUCGCACCAAAGAAGUGA